AAUUUUAUUGCGCAAGCGUGGCAAUACUGUAGUACGCCAUUUGCAAUAUUACGCGUGCUUCUUUAGUACUGUAACGCGUUUAUGAGUGUGUUUAUUUUGUAUAAAUUCCGUUAAAAGUUUAAAUUUUUUUUCUGCUCCCGAAUAAACAAUGAGUUCGGUGCCGGACCCCGCGAAGUUAAAAGUGGUUGAACUCCGGGCAGAACUCAGUUCCAGAGGUUUGGAAACCAAGGGCAAUAAAGCUGUAUUGGUUAAGCGUUUAAAAGAUGCAUUGGAGUCCGAACUAAAAACAGAGUUACCUGAUACAUCUAUUGCCGAUACAUCCACUGAGGAUUUUAACACUUCUCAGAAUGAAGAUGUACCCAAUUCUAAAACGAAAGAUGAAACUGAUGUUAUCGAAGAAUCUAAAGAUGACGGUGACAAAGACGAUGAAAAAGAACCUGAUGUGGAAAAGCCUUCUAUAGUCGUAGAACAAGAAAAAUCAGAAUUAGAAAAACCUGAUGAAGGUAAAGAUGAAGAAAUGAAAAGUUCUGAAGAAAAAGCUGAUAAAGAAAGUGAAGCUUCAAUUGCAGAACAAGAUGAAAAGGAAGAUGUUACAAAACAAGAAGAAAAUGGAGAGCAACAGGAUAAUGUUGAUGAACCCCCCAAUAAGAAAAGUCGAGUAGAAACAGAAGAAACUGAUGAAGCAAUAGCGGAUAAAGGUGAAAAUAACAAGGAUAAAGAAGAUCAGGUGAAAGGAGACGAUGAUCAACAAUCAGGAGGGAAAAGGAAACGAUCAAACGAUGUACAAAAAGCCCGACAAAGAACCCCAGUUAGGGAAGAUGAGCCACCAAUCGAUUCUGAUAAAGUUCAACUAAAUUGGUAUGAUUCUGACCUUCAUCUGCAAAUUGAUAAGGAAACGUUCUUGAAAGCGAAACCUUAUCACGACGGAAUAUUUGGUUAUGUUUGGUCCGGAGUAAGAGCAACUCAUGGGGCAAAAAAUGGAAAGGUUUGUUUUGAAGUAAAAGUAACCGAAGAAUUAAAAUGGGAAGAUGUUAUUAAACAACCUGAAAAAGGUAGUAGAGAUCGUGGUAGAAGAGAUUCGAGAAGAGACAAAUCACGAAACACCGAAACAAAACGUUCCCCUGACGAAAAAAAAUCAAAAUCUAGCGAUGAAAACGGUUCCGAAGCGAAAUCAGUCGAAGAACAAUCACAAAAUGACGCUCAACUUGAUGAAAAAAUGGAAACAACGGAAGAAAAAGAUGAAAGUAAAUCACCAACCGAAGAUAAACCAACAACAGGAGAAACCAAAGAAACUCCUCCACUUGAAAAACCUGCUGAUGAUGAUCUUGACACUCAAAAGGAGUCAGAAACUCAAAAAGAACCAGAAAAUAAAGACGAUGUAAAAGAUGAAAAAGAAAAGGACACAGAAAAAGAGAAAAAUGAUGAGGAGGAACCUCAAAGUAAAGAGGAACCAAUGGAAGUUGAGGAAAAGAAAGAAGAGGAAAAAGAGCUUAAAGAGGAAGAAGUUAAAAUUGCGUCCCAUUUGAUCAGAAUUGGUUGGUCUAUUAAUUCCGAAUGUUUACAACUUGGUGAAAGUAAAUAUUCUUAUGGAUUUGAAUCGAGUGGAAAAUUUGUUAAUGACAAACAAUUUACGGAAUAUGGAAAACCGUUUGGGGUUGGUGAUAUUAUUGGCACUUUUUUGGCAUUUUCAGAUGAAAGUGUUAAUAUAAUUUACACAAUCAAUGGGGAAGAACUUCCUUUAGCUGUAUCAAUACCCAGAACUGAUUUACCAGAAGGAGAUUUCUCAUUAUUUCCCCAUGUUCUUUCAAAAAAUUACGUUUUUGAAGCGAAUUUCGGUGACUUGGAGGAACCAUUUUGUAAAACACCAGAAAAAUUAUCCGAAUACAUGUUUAUUAAUAAAAUUGAAGACAAAGUUGUUGGUCCACAACGACCAGAAAGCCGAAGUGAUUGUGAAGUUAUUAUGAUGAUUGGACUCCCUGCUUCAGGUAAAACACAUUGGGUUAAUGAUUAUUUAGAGAAAAACAAAGAUAAACGAUACACAAUAAUCGGAAAUAGCCAACUUUUGGAUAAAAUGACCGUUGAUGGCACACCGAUUAGAAACAGCAUCAAACCUUAUUGGUCCACAUUAGUGGAUAAACUCACAAAAACUUCGAAUAAAUUAGUGGACGUUGCCGCAACCAGAAGAAGAAAUAUUGUAAUCGACCAAACCAACGAAUUUAACAAUACACAAAGACGCAAAAUGAGACAAUUCGAUGGAUACAAAAGAAGGGCAAUCGUCGUGGUUUGCAGCGAAGAAGAUCAAGCGAAACGUAAAGCUCAAUAUGAAGAACAACAAGAUACAAAGUUGAGUAAUGCGUAUAUUUGUCAAAUGAAAGCUAAUAUGUCACUUCCCCGCGUUGGCGAUUGGUUGGAAGAAGUAACUUACGUGGAUCUAAAGGAAGAUGACGCGAAAGCGAUGGUGCAAAAAUAUAACAAAGAAGGUAAAGAUGCCGGUUACGGAAAUUGGCCAAGACGCGAAGCCCGAAAUAACAGGUUUAAUAAAUGGCAAGAUAAUAGACGUAAUGAUUACCAUGGAGGAUUUAGAAAUAAAUACCCGCCUCAUAGGUAUGAUAGAGGACCUAAACAAGAUUAUAGAUCGCAAAGGUGGGGUUCAAAUGAUAGAAGGAAUAAUCGCGAUCAAUCGAGAGAUUGGCGUUCUCAAAGAGGUAGUGGAGGUCAAAGACAACAAGAUAGAUCAAGAGAUCGUCAUAACAGACCUGGAAAUAGAGAUAAUUACAACAGAAAUCGACAUCAAGGUGGAGGAGGAGGAAAUAGUGGAAAUUGGCAAGGAGGUGGACCUUGGAGUCGCGGAUCUUGGAGUCAAGGGGGAGGAAGCGGUGGGCAAUGGAGCCAAGGUGGAAGUGGAAAUUGGGGUGGCGCUUGGAGUUCCAGUGGAAAAUGGAAUUAUAAUCAAGGUGGUGGAGGAGGAGGCCAAUAUGGCCAACAAUCGGGUUAUGGAAAUGGAAAUUAUCCUGGCAGUUAUUAUUCUGGUAGUUAUUACAGUGGUCAAAACUGGAAUCAGAGUCAUGGAUCGAAUAGUUCUAUGAGUGGCAAUGGACACUGAAGGAUGUUUAGUGUGUAAAAUAUUUAAAUAACGAUUUUUUUUAAUAAGCGAACACAGGAGGUAAAGAGUAACUCCUGGUAUAAUUUAUGUUUUUAUUUAAAAAUAAUUCGUAUUUCUGAGUUGUUUAAAUUUUCCUCAUAAAAAUUUAUUAUGUAAUAUGCCAAUAUUAAAAAUAUAUAUAAUAAUUAUUAUAUUGUAGAAACUGGACUGUAUAGUUUUUCACAGUUCAAAUGAAAACUGGGUUUAAAACAAAUUUAGUUUCAUGUCCAUUUUUAUCUUUAACGCUUUUUUAUGUUUAAAUGGAAGUAAAUGAAAAUUAAGGUGAUCUCCAUAAAAAUAACGCAGUUUUAAUAUAAAUUAGAGCAAAAAAAAAUAAAAGUUUGUAUUAAAUUAUUUAAAAAAGCUCUUAAAACUGUGUUAUCUUUAUAGAUGAAGAUGUUGUAGUAAGAAAAUUUAACACCUAUAUCUUGGUGAAGCCAAAAAAAAGUUUGGAAAAUGCUGUAUAGUAUCACUUAUCUGAAGCAGUACAAGUAGUUGGCACCGAUAUAAACAUAAGAUAUAUAUUUUAUGUUGAAUUUUUUUUGUACUUUAUUUUUUAUCGUCCGCAAAACAUAACACCAAUAAGCAAAACAAUGUAGGCAAAUGAUCUCUAAAACAUUCUUCUGUUUUUAAAUAUUCAUCUUUUUUUAUUUGAAAAUAUGUUAUGGAUGAAUCAUUUUCUUUUUAACACAAAAAUUUAUAACGUUACUACACUUGAUGCUAACUAAACGUUAGAAAUGUAAUAUUUCUAAUUAAAGCAAUAAGUGUAAUUAACUCGAAUUACUUAACACGCCUUAAAAUGUGCAUUUUUGUGUAAAAAAGAUCUACAUAACAAUAAAAUUAACACAAGAUAUGGAACGUGUUAUAAUGUAAGAUUGUACAAAGUAAUUUUCUAUAAUAAAUAUUGAAUAUUCUAAAUUAUAA